UCACCAUGUGGAGCUGCCUCUCACCUGCUUGUAUCCAACCUGUUCAUGGCUGCAGGGAUGGAGAACAUGCUGAAAUGGUCUGGCCACCAGCUGCACAUCACCUGGCCUCUCCAUCUGUAACUCUCCCUACUUCAGUAAUUCUGACCAACAGCAGCAUUGGAGAAGAUGGGGGCAGAGAGGCGGAGAAGAGGAAGAAGAAGGAGAGGGAGAGGGAGAAGAAGAGGAGAAGAAGGGGGGAGGAGAAGAAGGAGGAGGAAGGAGAAGAAGAGGAACAGGAAGGAGAUGGAGAUGGAGAAGAGGAAGAAAGAAAAAGAAAUUUGGGGUUUCAGGAGUAGGUGUAAAUUUUCCUAGUAGAGUGAACAAAUCCAAAGAGAAGGAAGUCUGCUGUAAUCUGGGCUUUUCCUUCUCACAGCCAGCAGCUGGGGCUGCUAGAAGUAGAUCAUUUUGAAAUAUGUCCAACUAGGGGGGAAAAGACCAUUUUAAAGAUAACUUAGGGCAGAUCCAAGAGAGUUGUGAUGCAGAAAAUGGUAGUUGGGACAGAUUUCUUGCCAGUUACGGGAAAGAAAAAGGAAACAGCAGAUCUGGUCUAGGACAAUCAACUCAACAUUGAUUGACCACACACAUACACUCUCUCUCCCUCUCUCUGGGUUCUGACAUUGGGGCCUUUGUAGUCUAGAGAGGGAGAUUUUAUUAAGCAUUUUAUUUCAAGUAUAGUUUAAAGCCUUUUGCUUAUUUUAUUAUGUUUAAUCCUGUGGCAGAGGUACUAUAAUUAUUCUUAAUUUUGGGAUGAGGAAAGGGAGGCACAGGUAAGUAAAUUGCCUAAGGUUAAAAAGCUAGCAAGGGAUGGAGGCAGGGUUCUAACCCAGGCGGUCUGCCGUAGGCUCAGCUCCGUUAACCACAUCUUCGCCCAUUUCUUGUAGAUAACUACAGUACAACGUGUGAAACACCACGAUAGGGAGGAACAAAAUGAACACACUGAGUGAGAAAGGACCAGUGGGAUGUCAGUUCACCUUAGUGAGUGUUUGCCCUGGAGAGAAGGGAGGGGAAAGACACUUCAAGGUGAAAAGCUAGGUGUGCCAAGUCCAGAUAUGGUCUAUGGGCAACUUCAGCCAGGACAAUUUCCUGAGUCAGAGGGAUAGGCUGGGUUGUUUCAGAGAGAAAGGCAGAAGGAGGGGAAAGAAAAAGAGGGUUUCAGAGGAUUUGGGGCUGGAUUUGAUAUAGUCAGUGAAAAGGACUAGAGCCCCCUGAGGCCUUUGGCUUGGGCAGAGGUAUUCGUUUCCUAAGUUUUGUGCACGUUUUGAGUAGUGAGAUUAGCAGAGAGAAUGUGCAUGCAUUGGGAGCCGUAGUCUUCUAUGCACAGUGCCCAGACUCCAUUAAGACAUCGCCCCAAACCCUUGGGGGCAGGCAGGGUGACGGUCACUUGCAAUCUGAUGUCUUGACUGUCGAGCUCGGCUUCUACUGCACGAAUCCCGAGCCUGAACUUCGCAUCCUGAGCAUUUGUUGCGCAAGAAGCCAAAGGCUGGUCCCUGGCCCGGGAACGUCGCCCGGCCGGACGCGCGGGUCCCGCCCUGGGUGCCGCCCUGGCUCGGACCAGAGCAUCAGGUGGGGCCCGGGGUACGGUCACCCGAGGCUGAGGCAGCCUCUCCUGGACCCGACCGGCCGCAUGCAGUCCGUCGACAUUCUGGCGGGUGAUCCCAGUGCAUUUACAAGCUCCGACCGGGUGGAGGCGGCUUGGUGGGGGAGACCCCAAGGGCGCACGCAGCACUCCAAUCUCCUCCGCACGGAGCGGACUUUCUAGCGCGCGGGAGCGGGACACUCCCUCCUGGGCUUGGCCGCAGCGUCCCAGGGACACGCGGCAAGCCGGCAGGCACCGGCCCCGGCCCCUCGGGUACUGCCCUCCCGGUCCCCCAACUCGGGGACUACAAGUCCCAGCAGUCCCCGCAGCCGGCACCUCCCGCCUCGCAGCGGAGACCCCCGGUCAUCCUAGCGGAGGGGCUCCGGCUGCGCUCGUGGCCGGGCCGGGCGGAGAGGCCGGUCCCGCGGGCGGGGGCGGGGGCGGCUCAGCGGCUUCUCCCGCCGCCGCCGCCGCCGCCGCCGCCGCCGCCAAGGGGAGUUUCCAGGAAGUGGCCAUAUUGGAUCCAUUCA